CGGGCUCAGGGCGCCGCAGGCCCCGCCUCCCGCCAUCUUAAACCGGGGGGCCGCGGUGGGCCCGCGGCGCCGCCUGAGGGGAUGGCGGCGGGGCAGGCGGCCGAGUCCGGCUGGAGCUGGCUGCUGCGGGCCCCCACCACCACCGAGCUGCUGCUGGCCGCCCUGUGCUGGCUGGGCUGCUACUGGCUGCUGCGGCGGCCGCGGGCGCCGCCGGGGCUGCCGCCGGGCCCGCCGCCCUGGCCGCUGGUGGGCAACUUCGCCUUCGCCCUGCUGCCGCCGCCGCUGCUGAGGCGGUGGGCGGUGGAGGUGCGGGGCGGCGGCCGGGGCUCCCCCGCCUUCUCCCCCCACGUUUUCCUCACCGGCCUCACCGAGAUGUACGGCAGCGUCUUCCGGCUCUUCGUGGGCAGCCGGCCCUUCAUCGUCCUCAACACCUUCGGGGCGGUGCGGGAGGCGCUGGUGCAGAAGGCGGAGGUGUUCAGCGACCGGCCCUCCGUCCCCAUCGUCCUCAUGAUCACCCGCAAGAAGGGUGUUAUUUUUGCACCUUAUGGCCCUGUCUGGAAGCAACAGAGGAAAUUCUCUCUCUCAACACUGCGUCAUUUUGGAGUAGGAAGACACAGCUUGGAGCCUAAAAUCAUUGAGGAACUGAAGUUUAUAAAGGAGGAAAUGCUGAAACACGGAAAGGAUUCAUUUAAUCCCUUUCCGAUCAUUCGCAAUGCAGUGUCCAAUGUAAUCUGUUCCAUGGCCUUUGGCAGGCGCUUUAACUACGAAGAUGUUGAGUUCAAGACAAUGCUGAAGAACAUGGCCCGUGCACUAGAGCUAAGUGUGAACAGCUAUAUGAUCCUGGUCAAUAUUUGUCCUUGGCUGUACUACCUUCCUUUCGGGCCUUUCCGGGAACUUAGGAAAACAGAAUUAGAUAUUACAGCUUUUCUAAAAAAAAUAAUUGCACAGCACAGGGCUACACUGGAUGCAGCAAACCCCAGGGACUUCAUUGAUAUGUACUUCAUCCAUGCGGAAGAAGAAAAGAACAACAAGGAGAGCAGUUUUAAUGAAGACUAUCUAUUUUUUAUCAUUGGUGACCUCUUCAUCGCAGGCACAGACACUACUUCCAACACAUUACUGUGGUGCCUGCUCUACAUGUCUCUCUACCCAGAAGUACAAGAGAAGGUUCAUGCAGAAAUUGAAGCAGUUCUAGGACGUGACAAAGUUCCCUCUCUUACCCACAAGGCUCAAAUGCCCUUCACAGAGGCAACCAUUAUGGAAGUGCAGAGGAUGACUGCAGUUGUUCCCCUCUCUAUUCCUCGAAUGGCCUCAGAAACUGCUGUGCUGCAGGGAUAUACUAUUCCUAAGGGCAGUGUGAUCGUGCCCAACUUGUGGUCAGUACACAGAGAUCCUAACAUUUGGGAGAAACCAGAUGAAUUUCAACCAUCAAGAUUUCUGGAUGAAAAUGGCCAGCUCAUUAAGAAAGAGGCAUUCAUUCCUUUUGGAAUGGGUAAACGUGUGUGCAUGGGAGAGCAGUUGGCAAAAAUGGAGCUGUUCUUAAUUUUUGCGAGUCUAAUGCAAAGUUUUACCUUUUUGUAUCCUGAAAAUGCUGCAAAACCAUCUAUGGAGGGAAGAUUUGGUCUAACUUUAGCUCCGUGUCCAUUCAAUAUAAUAGCUUUGAAGAAAUGAAGUGACAUCAAAAAGGAUUAAACAAAGAAAUACUGCACUUUUAAAAUACAGCUUUAAUUUGUUUCUAGCUUAUUCUGUUACUUUCUUUCCAGAAAAACAUCCAACUUCAUAGGCUUUCAUAGUCAGUGGGAACGAUCCAUUUACACUUCUGGAAGGAGAAGAUUUUCUUUUUUCUUUUUUUUUUUUUUUUUUUUUUUUUUGGCAGCUGUUGCAUUCCACAAAUGAACUGAUAGCAUAGUCUGAAAUUUGAUAUUAAAACUUGCUGGACUUACCCCCCCUGUCUAUAAGCUAUUACUGUCAGUUUGUCAAAUAUUAAUUAUGGAAGAAUGGUCCAAAACAUCUGUUAAUCCUUUAGCAAACAGUAAUUGUUAUUUUGGUAAAAGCAGUACGUAAACAUUUAAUUUACCAAACGAGUGAAGGACGUCAUUUAAUACCAAAAGGAUUCAUGAAUGAGAGGGUAUUAGCAGUUCUGUGUAAAGAAACAUUGUAACUGAGCUAAUAUAGUGACAAACCCUUUUUGGAAAUGACUGAAUGAUGCUUCUUUUAAUCUUGGAGGAUUCUUCCUUGCAAGUAACUCAUGGGUGUAUACUGGAUCGAAUCAGUCUGGUUUCCUGGAUCUGAAUAUCUUGACUAUCAGGGCUCACUAUAGACAAGCAGCAGGUACCAACUCUGAAAGCUCAAGCUUGGAGGCCAAAUGAAUCCUUGAAUAUACCAUCUUCUUAACAUGAAAGGAGUGUGCAGCAUCUGGAUGCAGAUGUUUUAUCUCAGAAUAGACAUGAGAGCAGAUUUCUCCAACAAGAAACAGCAGUCUGUUCUCUCUGGUGCCAAGCAGAUAUUCAGGACGACAUCUGUGCUGCCGCUUUGCAUUCGCUGUUUUCCCCGCAUCAGCGGUGGCUGCAGUCUGGAUGAGACCAACAGGCCGCUCGUUGGGGAAAACUCUGAGUGCAUAAUCCUGAAGUUGGGCCUUGAGCUCGGGUACUGUCAGCGUAGGCAGCACUGCCACAACCUGUUUGGCUUUGGGAACUGGAGUCCUACUUCAAAUACAGCAUCGAUACGGCACUGCAGAUACAGGUCUUGCAUGUUUAGGCAUGGAAGAUGAAGAAUCCGAUAACCUUGAGCUUUGAUUAUAAAGGUUUUCUCUUUGUUACUUUCCAUCUGGUGUAAACAGCUCUGUAGUUCAUACAAUACUAGUGUAUCAGUACCUUACUUUUUUCACAUGUAAAAUUUUAGUGCUCUUUACCGCUAUCAAACCAAUCACCAAGGAAAAAAAUGGUUGUUAGAUGUUUUGGAAGGGGGCAUCCUUGCCUUUUAGUUGAAAUAUCUCUCAAACAUCAAGAGUGAUCUUUUGGGGGAUGUGUAACAAUUAACCUUUAAAUAAUUGUUCUUAAUCAUCCUUCAAUAUCUUUAUACACCUUUUGAUCUAGCAGAUUUCAUAUCACAUGAAAUAAGUACAUAUGUACUCUUCUAAGGACUUUUUUUUCCCCCUUGUUGGAGAUCCAGAGAGUACUAGCAGUCCUCCUAAUGUCAUGUUUACAAGACUGCAAUGUGAAAUUGCCUGUAAAGUGGAAUUGGGUAUUCCACAGCAGAAACUAAACCUAAAUUCUAAAAGGAAAAUCAACUCUUCAGCUUUAAAUUAACCUCUGGUUUUGUCACUUAUUAACUUGAAGUUUUAAAAGCCAGGUAGUGCCUAGCAAAGACUGUAAGAUAGUUAUUUUGGAUUUAAAUUAAGGUUUUCUGUUACCUGUUUUGAGUAACAGAAUGCCUUAAUUUCUGAAUUAUGUAUUUGGUUGAUCACACUGUUUGUGUGUGAACUUCCAGUUCUUAUGUAGGCUAACUUUUGACUUUACAGGUUAGCCCAUGCUCCUGUUAAAUUUUCUCUUUCUGUGAAAAUUUUGAAAGCCCCAUAGCACAAUAAAAAGUUGAGUUGGUACCACUGCUAGUAGACUUGCACUAAAAGCUGACAGUAUUGGAGUAAUAAGCACUUAUUUCUUUAACUUUGUAUUUUCCAAUGAAUAGAUAGAUUCUGUACAGUUGGGAGUCUUGUCUGACAAUCCUUAAAAUGGUAAGUGCUUAUAUGUGAAGCUAAAAUUAAGUGCUGAUAAUACUUAUUUUUCCUUUGAAAUGCCUCUUUAAGCAACAUAAUGAUGUUGUGUGCAACUGAUCACUUUAGCUGUCCUUUUAAUCAAUGAGGACACAUUUGAAAAGCACUUUAGUGGGGUUUGUUUUUUUUUUUUUUUCAGAGAUUCCAAAGAUGACACAGUUUGCAUAAUCCCCUAGUAUGUGGAAUUGUACAUAUUUGUGUUCAUUUUGCCUGCUGGGUUUAGUUUAAAAUGUCACCUUUGAAAACUAUCCUUCAAAAAUUAUCCUUCUACAAAUAGUACUUUGAGAAUGCGGUUUUUGGUGAUGCCUAUAACCGAAUGCUGCAUAGUGUGACAAGCUAAAAAUACUGAUGUGAAGGUGCACCCAUGUCAAAGUCUGCCAGUAUGCAAGAUGCUGUUGGAAGUUACGAUAAAGACCUGCCUUUCAUGCCUUCCAGAUGCACUAAAGUUUUCACAGGAUGCCAUGAAAGUAGCUAAACAAUAACAUAAAAUCAAUGAAAUGUUUGUGUUUUUUAAAGUGUGUUGCCAUCUUUGGUAAACUGUAAGUAAAGUGGUAGCAGAUUUGGUUUGUGUUUGUAAAUGUAUCCUUCCCCUCCCUUUUUUUAGCAGAGGAAUCAUCUCAAAUGCCUUAUUGAAAAAUGUGUGUUUAUACAAGUGGAUGGCUAUUUCUGAAUGCUGCAAACAUCUUCAUUUCUAAAAAAGGACUUUAGACUUUGCCUCGGUGUAAUUUUAUUUUUAAUAAAGUAAUUCCCAAGUAAGUGUUUGACAGCUUUGCAUAGUCAUUAAAAUGAGUUCCACUUGUUGACUAA